AUGCCUUUGUUGUCAAAUGUGUGGCCUUUUUGUGGCCAAAGCGGUGCCAAAGAGGUUGCCGAGCGUGUCAUACGACCCAACCAUCACCUGUUGGCCCCAAAUCAGGUCAACCCUAACCACUCGUACGCCGACAAUAGGAUCCGAACCACGAAAUACACGAUCUUUACGUUUGUGCCGAAGAAUCUGUUCGAACAGUUCCAUCGGUUCGCUAACCUCUACUUCUUAGGCAUACAAGUCCUCAAUUGGAUCCCUGGAAUCAGUGCGUUUGGAAAAGAAGUGCAAUUACUUCCACUAAUCUUCGUGUUGGGCGUCACAGCCGUCAAAGACAUCUUCGAGGACUGGCGUAGAUAUCGGUCC